GGGAUGGUUUAUUUUUUAUUUAGUAUUUUGAAGAUUUGGGGAACAUUAUAUGUUUUGUGUGGGAACCUUUUGUUUAUUUGAUUGUUUGCAUUUCGAAGAUAAGUCUGAUAAGUUGAGUUGAAAGGUUAAAGAGAUUAUCUGUAUUUGGAAAACAUUUAUCGUUGUAUCGUUGAACAGUUUCAAAUACUUUAGUAAAUAGUGUUCACUGUUUACUUCCUUAGUUGCAAACAAGGAAAUAGAAAUGAAAUUUUUUAUAAUUGUAUGUCUGUGUUUUAUACAAGAGGUUUAUAAUUGGAGAAUCUUUCAUAAUGGACGAAUAGUUGGAGGAAAUUUGGGUAAACCACGAGGAGAGCUUUUAAAGGCGGAUUUGAACAAUUAUGAGAAAUGGUUUGUACAAAGUUUGGACCAUUUCAAUCCUGGUGAUGAGAGAACAUGGCAACAGCGGUAUUAUGUAAACGAAGAAUUUUUUAACAAAGAAGCCAGAAAUGUAGCCUUCUUAAUGAUCGGGGGUGAAGGAGAGGCCACCGAUAAAUGGAUGACUCAAGGUGCUUGGAUUGACUAUGCCAAAAAGUAUGAAGCUAUUUGCUUUCAAUUGGAGCAUAGAUAUUAUGGCAAAAGUCACCCCACUGAUGAUUUAAGUACCCCUAAUUUACAAUACCUCAGCAGUCAGCAGGCUUUAGCCGACUUAGCUACUUUUAUCGAAGCUAUGAAUUCCCUCUAUGAGUUAUCACCAGAUGUAAAAUGGAUCGCAUUUGGAGGAUCAUAUCCUGGAUCACUAGCUGCUUGGUUAAGACAAAAAUAUCCUCAUUUAGUUCACGGUUCAAUGUCGGCCAGUGGACCUUUAUUGGCAAAACUAGAUUUUGAUGAAUAUUUCAAAAUUGUAAACGACGAUCUCCGUUCGCACAGUGAUGAAUGUCUGCAAGCCGUUAAGCAAGGUACGGCGCAAAUCGAAAUUUUAUUGAGUCACAUGGUGGGUCAGAGGAAUCUUGAUAAGAUCUUCAGAUUGUGCGACCCUAUUGAAAACAGCAUAGAAAACAAAUUGGAUAUUUCCAAUCUAUUUGAAACAUUGGCAGGCAAUUUUGCCGGCAUUGCCCAGUACAAUAAGGACAAUAGAAUUGGAAAAAGUUCAAGAGGGGCGAAUAUAACCAUCGAUACGCUGUGCGAUAUAAUGACGAAUCAGACUAUUGGAGCCCAAAUCAAACGGCUUGCAGCUGUUAAUGAUUUGUUGUUAAAUACUUACGAGCAGAAAUGUUUGGAUUACAAGUACGACACGAUGAUUACUGAAAUGAAAAACGUUAGCUGGGAUAGUGAAAUAGCGGAGGGGGGCAGGCAAUGGACCUACCAAACGUGCACAGAAUUCGGUUUCUACCAAACGUCCAACUAUAAACCCCAAGUGUUCGGCGAUAAGUUUCCUAUUGACUUUUUCGUCCAGCAAUGUAUGGAUAUUUUUGGUCCGAAAUAUAACAUGUCGUUUUUAAACAGAGCUGUAGAAAGGACGAACACCUUGUACGGUGCUUUGGACAUUGAAGUAUCGAACGUCGUAUUCGUUCAUGGCUCUGUUGACCCCUGGCAUGCCUUGGGGAUCGUUAAAACUAUCGAGCAAGGAGCACCAGCGAUCUAUAUUAAAGGAACUGCACAUUGUGCGAAUAUGUAUCCUAAAUCGGAUCAGGAUUUACCUCAGCUUAAAGCCGCCAGAGUCCAAAUAGAACAGUUAAUAGGCACCUGGUUGGAUAUUUGAAUUUUCAGUUGAUAUAAGCCUUUUUUACAUGGUGCUCUCUGUUUUAGUGAUAUUAGUUUAGAAAUGUUUUGUGUCUGUUUUAUCUGUCGAUUUAAAAAAAAGAAUCUCGAAUUUCAGGUAGAAUGUGCAUUUGGUAGUGUAUUUGUUAUGAAAAAACUGUUAAUUUUUUAAUAAUUUGAUAUACAUUUUUUCCGAAAAUAAAUAUAUUUCUAAC